AUGGAUCUAAAGGCGGGCCCGACGCACGCACCACGACUUUAUUUCGACCCAGAUACGGGAAGCUGGAGGAGAUUCCAAAAGACAACCUCCAGAACCAUCAUCAUGCCUCCAGAUGGAGAGAAGAAGUCUGUGGGGGGCUUCAAACCGAAGGCAAACCCCGCAAUUGAGAGGCUUCCUGAUGAAAUCAUUGAACAAAUCUUGCAGCUCACCAACCCGAACGGAUUCGCAUCGCUGAUUGUAUUAAAUCGAAAAUGGCGCGUGGUAUCACAGCAGGCACAUCUGUACACACACCACCUAGCUCGAUGCCCCUCCUACUCUGCAAUACACCAUGCAUUCAUGGUCCCAGCGGACGAAGAUAGCCUACCACGACUUCGCAGACUCUUCGCGCAGGAGAUUAAACGAAACCUAUUUGAAGCAUACCUACGGCCACAAGAGACAGUCAUCAGUCUGGUGUCAACCUCUAUAAGUUCUUCCUCCGCGCCCGGUGGUGAAGCUUUUCAUUUCAGUCUGUCUCCAGGAGGACAUUACGUAUUGGCAUAUAGCUCUUCACGAAUCCAUAUAUUAGAUGUGACAGGGCCAGAGGUUACGAUUAAACGCGAGCUGAAGAUCUUGCGGAGACCAGCUUCAACGACUAUCACAGACGAUGGCUCGUUGUUGGCCGUUCUAUCAACAGACCUUCAAAUUGAUCUAUACGACCUGACAGGCGAGCACCCCAAGCAUACCUGUGCUAUUGCUUUGGACCAUACCCCCCGAACCAUCGCCUUGUCACCUACAGGGGCAGUAUUGGCUGCCGCGUAUGAUUCGGGAGUCGAAGUCUCAUCACUCGAGCCAGAGAGAACAAGUACGGAACGGAGAGCGGUGAAAUGCUAUGGCGUAGACUCCUUGGCUUUUUCGAAGGAUGGAACACAACUUCUUGGAAGUACUAUGCAGUCACGAAAUCCCAGCACAGUUGUUCUCACAGCACCUUAUUACAAUCCCGGUGCGAGUUUACCAGAGGAGAGCGUUAGUGCUCUAUGGACGACAUCUAUACUUUUCCCUAAUGGAAGUCGAGAUUGUUCGCAUGCGGUACUGCUUCCCAGCGCCACAGAUUACGAGGCAAGCUGGACGUUCACAUAUGACCGAGUGUUUGAGACGUUCCGAGCUGUCCGGAUCGACGAUCUUCGCAAUGGAACGACGUACUUUACUGGCCCAACAGCUGAGUCUGGUUCGAUCCUAAAGCUACUUCCCAGCACUCUACCAGCCGCUAGUAAAUUAGGAGAUCUAGUCGCUGCAGGAUUCCAGGGAUCCAUUUGGCUAUAUGGAGUCCCUGAAGAUCUAGAGGCAUUACCGAACCCUAGCAAUGCAGCAAAUAGCAAUUCAGAUAGUGAAGCUAGCACACCUUUGAGUCAGGCAGGACGCCGCAACAGUGCUCCGUCACUGCGUUCUGGCAACAGACUACGUGAGAGCAUUGGUAGGACUCCGCAGUGGCAGCUUUUGUGCGAUCGUGCUCGGAACACAUUCGUGGAAGGUCGGAAUAUUGGAAGUCUCGAUCGUGUCAGCGCGAUGGCUUGGGUCAACGAUAUGCAAACGUCAUUUCAUGGCGAAAGACUGGUGGCUGUGGCACCGGGCAUUGUAAACACAUCCCCUAUAAGCGAAGACGAUGGAAUGAGCCCUAUCGAUGGAGGCCGCAUUUCAAUACUCGAUUUUGACUAUGCAGCGACAGAUGGAAAGAAAAGAAUAAUCACCAUUGAAGUGGGAAACAACGAACCUGAGAUUUUGGAAGAGGAACAUAGGGACUUGGACACCGAGGUUGCUAUUGUAAGGAGAAGGACUGUUGCACGGCGCAGAGGGAAUCGUGUCUCCCGUGCAGUAACGUCAGCUACCCAAGAUCUGCACCCUGAGCCACCUCCAGUGCCGAGGGUCGAUCAUGAUCUGGGAGAUCCAUAUGCGGCUCCAAGUAACUUAGCCCAAAGAAGGGCAAGCCAGCACACCGUUAUAGCUGAGCACUCCGAGACUUCAUCUGUUUAUGAGGACCUAGAGGCAUUUGACGCCCCGUACUCUCACACCAGUCCUCGAUCUGGCACGACUCUUCGACGCGCUGCAACUGCUGCUGCAGUGAACCGGCGACUACACCCGCGUUCCGUUGCGCAGGAACAUAUCGAAUAUCGUCGAGCAGAUGGACGCGAAGAACAUCCCCAUGAAAGUGACGCAGACAAUUGGGUCCCACCUCCUCCACCUUACACAAAAGAUCCAGUACCACCGCUGCCUGAGCAUAUCCAGAGAUCGAUUUUAGCAGAGGCUGCUGCCGCCUCCAACCUUCAGCGUGCACAAACUCACCGCCCUUCAAGUUUCGCAAGUUUCGACUUCCCCAGUCCAAACUCUGGUGGCUUAUCUCGAUCCCGUACAAUUGCUUCCACUAGUUCUCGUGGAUCGAGGAGAGAAACCUAUUCAUUUCAUAGGAGUAUGAGUGAUACGACUACACAGACGAUGGACCGACUAUCGUUGGAGGAAGAGCGUCCGCGGCCAGUAACGAUGGCUCCUGACGAUUUUGAUGAUCUUUACGAUGUAUCUCCACCUGGAACUCCUCCACCUGCUCUUCGAAGGGAACCAGAAAGUCGAAUGAAUACAGACAAUCGAAGAGAACCAGAGAAUACGGAACUAAGCACUAGCGAACGGGCUGCUAGAGACCGAGUCAAUUGGGAGCGAAUAAACUGGGAGCAGGCGAACAGGGAACAGGCGAAUAGAGAACAGGCGAAUAGGGAUCUGACCAAUAGGCAGCAGGCCAAUUAUGAGCGCGCAGAAAGAGAGCGAGGUCAAAUAGAGAGGAUACCAGAAACCAGAGCAGAAGUCACCACAGCGCCAGUUAACCAGAUUACGAGGCGACCUGUUGGGGCUCCCACAAACGACACUGUUUCUUCCCCUAUUCCUUCUCCCUCGCCAGAAAUGAUAGCUACUCUGCAACAGCCUGUCUCUCCUGCUCCCCUUGGUACACAGCCGACCGACGUUAUCUUGGACCGUCGUUUGCGAGAUUGGGAAGAUGCGUCAGGAGCAGGAACCGAACAAAGUUCUGAUAUCACUUUGCCAUUAAGGCCAAAUCGAGAAUCGGUUCGCAAAGAAGUACCUACUAGGUCAACUCAAGAGCACCACUUAACUAAGCUACCUCCUCAAGCUCCAGUAGCGCAGAACCGACGGCAGUUCAUCGAAUCACAACCAUCUGCUCCCGUACGGUAUUCUCAUGUUCCGCAAGCAAGCCCAGAGUCGGAGCCGGAGCCUUUGCUACAAAGACGAGCGGAAACCCUUCCCGCCAAUGGUAGCCUGCAAGGAAUGUCCGAGGAGCCUCUUCCCAUCUGGAAACGAAGUGACACCGCCCCCGUGAACACCACCCGCUCAGUCAGCGGUCCCGCAUCCUCAGGCCCCGGAUUCUCCUCUCCAAGCCCUGAACAACUGGCCCGCCUAAACAACCGCACUGGCCGACCCCUCAGCAUAAUCGACCCCUCGCGCCCUCCGCGCCGCCUUUCGGGAAGUUCCAUGGGCCCCCAAGGGCCCGCAGGACGUAGCACCGACCGCCAAACCUGGGGCACCAACCAAAGCCCCUCGCAACACGAACAGGCCCACUCUUACAUGGCCCCUCGUGUAGCAGUUGGUUCCCGUCCCUUCACAUCCCCACCUGACCAUCGCAGCAGUUUCGGGUCCCGCCAGGCCAGUUUCUCGCCCCUAAGACCAGCACCCCCUAUGCCAAGACUGGAGACGAUACACAGCGCGAGGGAGCAACACGAGCCUUCUGCAUACUACACACAGAAAUCAACAAUUAGCAGACAGCUAAGUAGAGCGGAGCGCAGUGCGGCGAAGAAUAUCAAAGAUGCGAAGAAGAGGGGGUGGAGGCAGAGUAUGCGCGAGAAGAAGACGUUGAAGAAGGAUAGGGAUGGGGCUAGUAGUGCGGGGUGGACGGAUGUUAGUGAGGGGGCUGGAGUCAGGAGGAAUGGGAAAAGGGAGGGGAAGUGUGUUGUUAUGUGA